GAUUUUCUGUUACUGCGCAUGCACGCGCGAAGCGAGAAUUCUCGAAGGCAGAUGCCACAACAUAACCUUCGCGGCCUAACCUAGUCUGUCUACCGACUUGGUUGAGAGACAAGUUUAUUUAAAUAAAAAAAAGUGUACAAGACUGUACGAGUGCAUUGAAGAAGAAAAAGAGAUUCGAGUGCCUGAGUAAUCAUAAUUGGACUAAAUUGGUUAAAGGCACAUUAUAUAUUUACAAAAAAACAACCUAGUCUAUCUAUCAUGCCACGUGUUUGAUGAUGCGAGUUCGAGAUUUGACAGAAGAUGUGAAAUUACAAAGACAAAUAUUGAUAAAGGAAGGGAAAGAAGAGGAGCUAAAGACUUUUCUCCAAGAAAAUCAUGAGAAUAUCGAAGGUCACGUAAGUUAAACGAUCUUACAAAUUUAGUGGUUUACUGUAAGAACCAAAAUUAAACUCUAAAAUUAAAAUGUCUCGAAUAACCGACGCCAAGGAAAUGAUCCUGACGAGCGAAAUCAGCGGGGAGAGUUGGAGCGCCGCGGUAUGGGAUCCCCGGAAUGGUUCUAUGUUGUCGACGUACAAGAACGCGAAUGCCGCGCUCGUACAUCGCACUCUUCAGCUUCUGAGCGACAGCUACGUUCUGGGCGCCAAUGCCACGAAGCCGCGUUUGCACAUCUGGCCGCUGAACAGUCCGUCACCCUUGCCCAAUGUCCACCUGAACACGCCAGGGAAGGUGAACGCCCUGACUUGCACCUCAAAUGGUUCCUACAUCAUCGCCGCGGUGGACGAACAGCUGUUCAUUUGGCAGACCUGCAACGGCAGAAUACUGGCGAAUCUAGCCAGGCACUAUCAGACUGUCAGCUGCCUGGCGAUCACGAAGGACGGUUCCCUGUUCGCCAGCGCCGGCGAGGAUGGCCUAGUGUUCGUAUGGUCUCUCUACAGAGCCUUGAACGAUAAACAAGACUGUCCUCCGGUUCACGCCUUCUCCAAUCAUAACAUGCCGAUCAGAGAUAUGCUCUUUGGCUUUGGCGACGCUCGCGCCAGACUGUACACAGCCUCGUUGGACCGAAGGGCCAACAUCUACGAACUCGGCAGCGGAGCCCUUCUGGUUUCAAUAAUCUUCGACGCGCCGCUCACAGCAAUCAUCGUCGACUCUCGCGAGAGCCAACUCUUCGUGGGCUGCACGACCGGUGACAUAUUCCAGAGUAAUCUGCACGAGCCGCCACGGGGACUCGAGCAGCACGUGGAAAAGGACGAGAAGGAUGCCGUGUUCAGAGCUCACAAGUCCCAAGUCACCGCCCUGUCGGUAUCCGUAGACUGUUCUACUCUUCUGUCUGGAUCGACCGAUGGAGCCGUCCACAUUUGGGAUAUCGUCAGCCGACAGGUGCUCAGAACGAUUGAACAUAAAGGGCCGGUUACCGCCGCAUUUUUCGCGAAAGGAUUUGACAAUUUUCGCGCCUCCACUCUCGAACCACGCUUGGAAGUGCGGAAUCUUCAAAGGACGUCGGAGGUUGAUGGCAGAGAAUCGAACGACGUUAUCGAAGUGAUCUCCAGAGGACGAAAUCCGGCUGAGAUUCUGGACUUUAAAUCCUACGUAGGAAAUUCUGUUGAUUCUUCAGAACGAGAGAAAUUGUUAAAACAAAUAGCGAAUUUGAAAGAAGAGAAUCGAAAAUUGAGCAAGAUUAACGCCAACUUAUUUAAGUAUAGCGUCAAACAUAUUUUGCCAAAGACGAUAGAUGAUGAAUGAUAUUAGAGAUAAUAAAAUUUUAUCUAUUUUUGAAACAAA